AUGGAACGUCCACCUGCACGGCGACUGGCAUGGCCGUCGCUCCAUUUAGCCGACGCGGGCACGCGCGGACCGGCCAUCAUGAUCCUCAUGUCCGUCCUCAUCGGUGUCACAAUACUGCUCGUUGGUGUCCGCAUCUACACACGGUGCCGCAUCACCCGGGGACUUGGCUCAGACGACGGGCUGAUUCUCCUUUCCUUGACGAUUGCUGUAGCCUUUUCUGCUGCCGGUAUUGCAGGUGCACUCACGCUGCAAUGGGGUCAGCACGUUUGGGCCCUCAUGCCGAGUUCUAUCGUUCCGGGCCUGAAAUUGACCCUCGCGAUGCAAGUACUCUUUGACGGCGCGACCAACCUGACCAAGUUGUCCAUGCUGGCCCUCUUUAUACGCAUCACGCAUGCCAGCGGCCAGCACGCAGCCCGCCGCAUGGCCUUGUGUCUUGCUGGUGUCGUGCUGGCCAGUAUUGUCGUCUUUCUCCUCGUCGACGUCUUUCAGUGCCGUCCCGUCGCGGCCUACUGGUCCCUGUCUUCCUCUGGCCCACGCCACUGCAUCAACCAGGCCAGCCAUCUGCUGGCCGCAGGCAUCAUCAAUACGGUGGCCGACCUCAUCAUUGCGGUCGUGUUUCCCUUCCAGUAUUGGUCGGCUGUCGACAAAGCCAAGGCGACGGCUACCGCGACGGCUACCGCGACGGCCACCGCUGCAACGGUAUCGGUGUCGCUACCGGCAUCCGCGUCUGCGAGUGCCCCCACGGCCAAGCAGCCUGAUAUGCCCUGGACGCGCGGCCAUAGUCGGAGCAGAAACCAAUCUGAAUCGUCCACCUCAUCAGAAACAACAGCAGUGUCGCUGCCCGCGUCGUCGGCGUCGUCUGCUCCUUUGAUCCGCGGCACGCGGGUUGUCAUCACGGGCCCGGCACCCUCCAAGCGCAGACGCCUUCGUCUCUGUCGGCCACCGGCGAUCGUGACCAGCCUCUUUGUGGGUGGUCUCCUGGUAGUCGCCGCCGGGGCUGCUCGCACUGUAUUUACGUGGAAAUCCAUGACAAGCGCCGAUGGUGACCUGACUUGGAACACGGCACCGGCGUUGAUGGCCAGCGCCCUCGAGCUCCACAUUGGUAUUAUCGUGGCCUCGCUGCCGGCACUGAAGCCGUUCUUUUGCCGUUUUCUUCCCGACCGCUACACCGCGGCCCAGUCUCGCCUUUCGAGAGAACGAAAUUCAUGGCCCGGUCGAUCCGAAAAACGGACGGGAGCAGCGCCCUCCAGAACCCGCUCUCUCUUCUCACUGCGGUCCAUGCUCUUCAUUGCUCGUGAGAACGGCAGCGCCAAGCCGAGUCGACCGCCGCUCGAUCUCAACAAACCCCUGCCAACACUCAAACGCCCAGAAGACGACGAUGCGCAAACAAUGCUCAAAACCGCGCGGCCGGGGUUCUCCCACAGCGUCUACGACUUCCAGGCCGACCCCGACGGCUACAUUCGAGUGCAUAAGGUGGUUUCGCACACGCCCACACCGGACCCUGGCAACACUGUCUGA